CAAAAUAAACUGAUUACUUCCUAUGAAGAUGCUAUAAAAAUUCCUGGUAUAGGACAUCGCACUGCUGAAAAAAUCGUAGAAAUUAUCAAUACUGAAAAUUUAAGACAAUUACAAUAUUUUUCAGAAAGUGAAGAAAUAAUUAAAAAAUUUGGUGAUAUUUAUGGUGUAGGCAGAUUUACUGCCAUGAAAUA